GCCCUAAUUCAAAAUCAGAUUCUUCCUCUCAAAUUAUUUUUAUUAUUAUUACAACUUCCAUGAAAAGGAAAUUCCCAGCCUCAUCGCAUUUAACGGGUGGGUUGUUUUCAAUGGAUCAAUCCAAACGAAAAUCGGAGGAGGAGAACGCUAACGUUAUCUUCACCGCCUUCUCCGUUUUGCCCGGUUCCCACUCCCAGCCAAAUUCUACCCAUACGCCCACCAUUUUUUGUUUCAUUCCCUUUUCUCUUUGUUCUAUUAUCUCCAAUAAAAUAAUAAUUUUCGCAAUAUCUUGUUUUUGUAUUUUCAUCUGAUAAAAAUUUCAACUUUUUUUUAAUUGUGUCUCUGGGCGAUCUGUCUUAUUUAUUGGGGAGUAUUUAUUUAUGGUCCUUCUUCUGCAUCGUCUUCAUCACCAGCUAACGCAUGUUGGUCGUAUUGUCUCCACAACUACUGGUGGGUCAAAUUGGAAUUUCCUACUCAUGAUCAGUCUCUUUGCUGGCCCCGGUUGGUGGGUUGACUACUUCUAUUGUUAUACUCGGUGAAAAAGAAAAACCCAUUAAAUCUUGUGGGGUUUUGCGGCCGUUGGAAAUGUCUCAGAAGCGGCAACCCGAGGAGGCACACAAGCCUUCGCCGGACGGAGAGUAUCCCGACGACAAACGACGCCGGAAGAUUCCUUCCCUCAAAAGUGUGGUAUUGGAGGUUAUGAAUAUGCAAAAAAUGCAGACCUUUAUGGAGCCGGUUUUGGAGCCUCUAAUUCGCAGAGUUGUAAAAGAGGAAGUCGACUGCGCAUUAAGAAAAUACAUCACCAGUUUGAAAGGGAAUGGAGGCAGAGAAGAAAACCCUUACGAGUUGAGAAGCCUCAAGUUGAAGUUCGUAGAUUCUAUCUCUCCUCCUGUGUUUACUGGAACUCGCAUCGAAGGAGAGGAUUGCUCAGGUUUUAGAGUUUCUUUAGUUGAUGGUCUUACUGGACAGGUUGUGACAACAGGCCCAGAAUCAUCCGCUAAGGUUGAAUUGGUGGUUCUUGAAGGAGAUUUUGACAAUGAUGAAGGGAAUAGCUGGACUGCUGAGGAAUUUAGAGAUAACAUUGUUAGAGCGAGGGAAGGGAAAAAACCUCUUCUUAACGGGGAUGUGUUUCUGAAUCUUAAAGAGGGUGUUGGUUUUGUUGGUGAUAUUUCUUUCACAGAUAAUUCUAGCUGGACUAGAAGCCGUAAGUUCAGACUGGGGGCUAGAUUUUUUGACAGUUUUGAUGGAAUUAAGAUUUUGGAGGCAAAAACAGAGUCUUUCAUUGUUAGGGACCAUCGCGGAGAGUUGUACAAGAAGCACCACCCACCAUCUCUCUUGGAUGAAGUAUGGAGGCUUGAAAAAAUUGGUAAAGAUGGAGCAUUCCACAGGCGUUUGAGAAAGGAAAAAGUAUACACUGUAAAAGAUUUUCUGACCUUACUAUCAAUUGACUCGGCAAGACUUCGAAGUAUCCUUGGGACAGGAAUGUCCACUAAGAUGUGGGAAGUCACAGUUGAACACGCCAGAACAUGUGUGCUUGGGAAUAAACUGUACUCAUACUACCCUUCUGGAACAGAGCAAAAGAACGGCGUUGUUUUCAACAUUGUGGCACAAGUGAUGGGUCUCUUUGUAGACUCUCAGUAUGUUCCUGCUGACAAGCUAUCUGAGACCGAUCAGGCCGAGGCACAUGAGUUAGUGAUAUCUGCACUUGGAAACUGGGGAGAAGUGGUCUGUUUUGACAAUGAGUCGUUGGAGUUUCCACAUAUCCAAUCUUCAAACUCAUCAUUUGGCAUGGGUAAUAACACUGAAGGUGGUGAGGCUCCAACAUCACAAAAGGUUACAGGAUACGAUUAUCUACCAUCAAGUGCAUCACCUGAAAACAUGCCAUCAACAUUUUCAUUUGGCGGUUUGAGUGGAUUGGAUCCUUAUGAUUUGCAAUGUAUUGACAGUUUGGAUGUUAGUUUUGACCAACCGCUCCAAGAAACUGAUUCCUUUAUGGAUGGCUGUAGAGGUUCUGCAAGUCAACCAUUUGUAGGGGAGGAUGAGACUAUAUCCUACUUUGACCCAGAUUAUUCACUUCACAGUAACUUUGAACAAGCGGAUUGUUAUUUACAGGGUACAGUGGUGAAUAGCUUUCUCGGCAGUACAGCAGUUACACCAGACAAGGCACAGAUGAGAUGGACAAUGUUGUUCAGUGUAUUAAGGUGGUUCUCGGUUCGGAGGAUUGUUGCUAGAAAGGGUCGCAAAGACUACUAAUUUACCACUGGUCCCACUCAUCCUCGAUCAGUGUACAGAGAAGCCUUACUCACUGGAGCUUGUUUUUUGAGGCACUCCUAGAAGACUAGAAUAUACUUCGAAGACUCUUUAGUACUCAUUUGGUUCUCUUCUAAUAGCACUUUUAUAAUAGCAUGCGGAGUGUUAAUGUGGGCUUUCACAGAGUAUGUCCCUUAUCAAUGUGUCCUCGUCCUUCCUUCUUGAGCUUGUUUUUUGUCACCGUCGUCAUCAUCAUCGUUAUUGCUGUUUGUUUUACUAUUACUAUUAUCGGUAUAGUUGUUAUUGUUAUAAUAAGCAUUAAUAUUUCUACUUAUGUUGCAGUUAACUAGGUUUGUAUAUAUCAAUAUAUCAUCAACAAACAUUGAUUGAGAGCCAAAUUUAUUUGGAUUUUAGCAAGAUGUCAUGUUGUUGCUGUUCAAACUUUC